CCUCCCCGCAUCAGCAACUUCCCCUCGCCUCGCAUCUCCGCCCCCGACCCCUCCCAACCCCUCCUCCGCCUCCUCUUCCCGCCCGCCGCCGCCGCCGCCGCUUGGCGGCCGCCCUCUCGCAAGUCCACCGCAGUCGCCGGAGACGACGACCCCAUGACUAUGAUGACGCCGCCCCCUCUCGAGCAGCAGCAGGAGGACGAGGAGAUGCUCGUGCCGCACCAGGAGCUCCCCGUCGCCGGCCCCGAGCCCGCCCCGCAGCCCAUGGAAGUCGUUGCGCAGACGGAGACCGCCAACACAGCGGAGAGCCAGCCGGUGGAGGACCCGCAGACGUCGCGCUUCACCUGGACGAUUGAGAGCUUCAGCCGGCUCAACACUAAGAAGCACUACUCCGACGUGUUUGUUGUCGGGGGGUACAAAUGGCGUGUGCUGAUUUUCCCCAAGGGGAACAAUGUGGACCACUUGUCGAUGUAUUUGGAUGUCGCGGAUUCGGGGAACCUCCCAUACGGGUGGAGCCGGUAUGCUCAGUUCAGCUUGGCCGUUGUGAACCAGAUCCAUCCCAAGUAUACGAUACGGAAAGAUACCCAGCACCAAUUUAAUGCACGUGAGAGCGACUGGGGUUUCACAUCAUUUAUGCCUUUAAGUGACCUGUAUGACCCAAGCAGGGGCUAUCUCGUGAAUGACACAGUUGUUGUAGAAGCUGAAGUUGCUGUCCGAAGAAUGGUUGAUUAUUGGACUUACGACUCGAAAAAAGAGACAGGUUAUGUAGGCCUCAAGAAUCAAGGUGCUACCUGUUAUAUGAACUCUCUCCUGCAAACAUUGUACCAUAUACCAUACUUCAGGAAGGCUGUAUAUCAUAUGCCAACAACUGAGAAUGACAUGCCAUCUGGGAGUAUUCCUCUAGCCCUGCAGAGCCUUUUUUAUAAGCUCCAGUAUAGUGACAACAGUGUAGCAACGAAAGAAUUGACCAAAUCCUUUGGAUGGGAUACUUAUGAUUCUUUCAUGCAGCAUGAUGUGCAAGAGCUCAAUAGAGUUCUUUGUGAGAAACUUGAAGAUAAGAUGAAGGGAACUGUUGUGGAAGGAACAAUUGAACAAUUAUUUGAAGGUCACCACAUUAAUUACAUUGAGUGCAUUAAUGUGGACUACAAAUCCAGCAGAAAAGAAUCAUUUUAUGAUUUACAGCUUGAUGUGAAAGGUUGUCGUGAUGUUUAUGCAUCAUUUGAUAAAUAUGUGGAAGUGGAACGUCUAGAGGGUGAUAACAAAUAUCAUGCUGAGCAAUAUGGCUUACAGGAUGCAAAGAAAGGUGUGCUCUUCCUUGAUUUCCCUCCUGUUUUGCAACUUCAACUGAAGCGUUUUGAAUAUGAUUACAUGCGAGAUACAAUGGUUAAGAUUAAUGACCGUUAUGAAUUCCCGCUACAACUUGAUCUUGAUAGAGACUAUGGAAAAUAUCUCUCACCAGAUGCAGAUCGAAGUAUUAGAAACCUUUAUACGCUUCACAGUGUUCUUGUUCAUAGUGGAGGAGUACAUGGGGGUCACUAUUAUGCUUUCAUUCGGCCAACUCUCUCAGAUCAGUGGUACAAAUUCGAUGAUGAGCGGGUUACAAAAGAAGAUACUAAAAAGGCGCUUGAAGAGCAGUAUGGGGGUGAGGAAGAGUUGCCUCAAAUAAACCCUGGUUUCAAUAACACGCCGUUCAAAUUCACAAAGUAUUCAAAUGCCUACAUGCUUGUCUAUAUUCGUGAGAGUGACAAGGAGAAAAUUAUGUGUAAUGUUGAUGAGAAGGAUAUUGCGGAGCAUUUACGGAUAAGGUUGAAGAAGGAACAAGAAGAGAAAGAACACAAGAAAAAGGAAAAGGCUGAAGCACACCUCUACACUAUCAUAAAGAUUGCUCGAGAUGAAGAUUUGAAAGAUCAGAUUGGUAAGAAUAUAUAUUUUGAUCUGGUGGACCAUGAGAAAGUUCGAAGUUUCCGCAUUCAGAAGCAAUUGCCUUUUACUUCGUUCAAGGAGGAAGUUGCAAAGGAAUAUGGCAUCCCUGUACAGUUUCAGCGCUUCUGGUUGUGGGCUAAGAGGCAGAACCAUACAUACCGGCCAAAUCGUCCGCUGACCCCCCAUGAGGAAGCGCAAUCAGUCGGGCAGCUUAGGGAAGUCUCAAAUAAGGCACACAAUGCUGAGCUGAAGCUGUUUCUGGAAGUUGAACUUGGACCGGAGUUAUGUCCAAUUCGUCCACCAGAGAAGAGCAAAGAAGACAUACUACUUUUCUUCAAGCUUUAUAAUGCUGAGAAGGAAGAGCUCCGUUUUGUUGGUAGACUUUUCAUGAAGGCUCUGGGAAAGCCAUCCGACAUAUUGACGAAACUAAAUGAAAUGGCUGGAUUUUCUCCAAAUGAAGAAAUUGAGUUAUAUGAGGAAAUUAAGUUUGAGCCAAAUGUGAUGUGUGAACAUAUUGACAAGAAACUAACUUUCCGUUCAAGCCAGCUUGAAGAUGGAGACAUAAUCUGUUUCCAAAAGGCUCCUGUUCCUGAUGGUGAUACACAAGUGCGCUAUCCAGAUGUUCCUUCAUUCUUGGAGUAUGUUCACAAUAGGCAGGUUGUGCACUUUCGGUCUCUGGACAAACCAAAAGAUGAUGAUUUUUCUCUGGAAUUGUCAAAGCUUCAUACUUAUGAUGAUGUUGUUGAGAGAGUUGCGCAUCAACUUGGCUUGGAUGAUCCAUCAAAGAUUCGGCUUACAUCUCACAAUUGUUACUCUCAGCAACCUAAACCGCAGCCUAUCAGAUAUCGGGGAGUAGAACAUCUACUGGACAUGCUUGUCCAUUAUAAUCAGACUUCUGAUAUCUUGUAUUACGAGGUUCUGGACAUUCCACUGCCAGAAUUGCAGUGUUUGAAAACACUUAAAGUUGCAUUCCACCAUGCAACAAAAGAUGAGGUUGUAGUUCAUAGCAUAAGACUUCCAAAGAAUAGCACCAUCAGCGAUGUGAUUACUGACUUGAAAACCAAGGUUGAACUAUCUAACCCUGAUGCUGAGCUCCGCUUGCUUGAAGUAUUCUACCACAAGAUUUAUAAGAUCUUUCCGCCUCAUGAGAAGAUAGAGAACAUAAACGAUCAAUACUGGACACUACGGGCUGAGGAGAUCCCAGAGGAAGAGAAGAAUCUUGGCCCACAUGACCGAUUGAUUCAUGUUUACCAUUUCAUGAAAGACCCUAAUCAGAACCAGCAGAUUCAGAAUUUCGGAGAUCCUUUUUUGAUGGUUAUCCGUGAAGGUGAUACUGCUGCCGAAGUAAUGGAGCGCAUCCAGAGAAAACUUAGAGUUCCUGGCGAGGAAUUCUCCAAGUGGAAGCUUGCAUUCAUAUCCAUGAAUCGGCCAGAGUACCUUCAGGAUACUGAUGUUGUAUCAGCACGAUUUCAGAGGAGAGACGUAUACGGUGCUUGGGAACAAUACCUUGGCUUGGAGCACACUGAUACAACAUCAAAAAGGUCUUACACAGCCAAUCAGAAUCGUCACACAUAUGAGAAGCCUGUGAAAAUUUAUAAUUGAGAAACCUUCAUCUGGACCUCCAUCCAACAAAGGCCUCUCAUUUGAGUCAGUUUGCCAAAGAUUUUAAGAGACGUCCCAGAAAGAAAAAGGGCAGAGAAAUCAAUUGCUGCUUGUAUGCCGAGGCCUUCAUGACUCAGCAAUGGCGCCAACAGUCGGUAUCCCUCCUGUUGUUGAUUGGCCAAAGGGUAUUCUUUCCGAGGCUUUCCCAUCUUGCUUCUAAGCAACCAAGCAUGUGUGUUGGUUUUUUCAUCGUGUCGAGUAUGAUGGCCCCCUGCUAGGAUAGGUGUUUGCUUAAUUUGUAGAGCAAAGCUAGUACAUAAGAAAAAAGAUUUUGGUAGGGGGCAUGUAUACAGGAUUAUAGCUGGAGACUGAUUGCUGAAUUGGCGCCUCUUGUAGCUUGGGGGAACAAUGGGAGAGAUUGUAUAAUGGGUUUGGUAUUGGUUCCAAUUUUCCGUGUUGUUGAGAGAUGUAAGAUGAUAACCGAGCAGAUAGUACAGUUUUGAGUUCCAGCGUAGUCAAUCUUGUUGGCAAA